ACACAUUAACGCGUAAAACCAAAACGUUAAGCAACACAAACAGAAACUUCCUCUAACGAAGCAAAGCAAUUUCCUUUCAUUCUCAAUUACCCAAAACACGUUCUCCCCACUCUUCUUCAAUUUUCCUCACUCCAAAUUCAACACACAAAAUCCCCAAACCCUACUUUCACCACCACCACCACUCACCGCCGCAGCCACCAUGGUCCCACCGGCGGUGCAAUCGCCGAACCCACAACUAACCCAGCAGUUCCUAAGCUCUGUCCUCUCGCAGCGUGGCCCCGCCGCCCUCCCUUACUCCGAAGACACAAAGUGGCUGAUCCGGCAGCACCUCGUCGCCGUCACCACCACGUAUCCCUCCCUUGAGCCUAAGACCGCCACCUUCACACACAACGACGGCCGCUCCGUCAAUCUCCUCCAAGCCGACGGCACAAUCCCGAUGUCGUUUCAGGGCGUCACUUACAACAUCCCCGUUCUCAUCUGGCUCAUGGAAUCUUACCCUCGCCACGCGCCCUGCGUCUACGUUAACCCCACGCGCGACAUGAUCAUCAAGCGCCCCCACCCUCACGUUAAUCCCUCUGGCCUCGUCUCCGUCCCUUAUUUGCAGAAUUGGGUUUACCCUAGCUCCAAUCUCGUCGAUCUCGUUCGCGAUUUGGGUGUUAUCUUUGGCCGCGAUCCUCCUCUUUAUUCCCAGCGUAGGAACCCUCAACCUCCGCCACCUCAAAACCUAAAUCCCAAUUCAAAUUUCGGAUCUUUAUCGAGUAAUUCGGGGAAUUCCCAAUCUGGUUAUGUCCAGCAUCUUCAGCAUCACCAGCACCCUGCUCCUGCUUCUCCUGCGAGGAAUAAUUAUCCUCCAUCACCUUAUGGAAGCUUUGGUGGUGGUUCUUCUAGGGUUCAGAAUUUGCCCCACACUGAGGAUCCAACUGAGGUUUUUAAGAGGAAUGCGGUUAAUAAGAUUGUGGAGAUGGUUCAUGGUGAUGUUACUGCUUUGAGGAAGACCAGGGAGGCUGAGAUGGAGGGUUUGUUUAGCUUGCAGGGUGUGUUGAAGCAGAGGGAGGAGGUUCUCAAUAAGGGUUUGAAGGAGAUGCAGGAGGAGAUGGAGGGUUUGGAGCAGCAGUUGCAGAUGGUUUUGAUGAACACUGAUGUUCUUGAAGGGUGGUUGAGGGAUAACCAAGGGAUGAGGUUCACACUUUAUGCAUUGGAUAAGGCUGUUCAGGUUGGUUCCGUGCCUUUCGAUCAGUACUUGAGGAGCGUGAGGGCGCUGUCGAGAGAGCAGUUCUUUCACCGGGCGACAGCCGCAAAAGUUAGAGCUGCUCAGUUGCAGGCUCAGGUUGCUAAUAUGGCUGUUAGGACACACCAUUAUGGCAGUUGAUAGUUUUGGUUGGUUGUGCACAAGAUGGUUCUUUUCGUUUGGCGAAAUCCUUCUCCAUAUUGUGUUGUGCACUUGUGCUGGAUACAGAUUCCUAUUUGUUGAAGUCAGUGAUUGUAGCCUUUAGCAUAAAUUGGUAAGCCUUAGCCUUCAACAGCUUUCGGAUUAUUAUUGAGCACAAAACUUGUUUGGGGAAUGAGGCUGUAUCGAUGAUCAUUAUACAGGCUUAAUGGUAUGAUUUCCUUCGAAGACUUGGUUUAAGAGGUUUGUUACCUCAACUGUUUCAUUGUUUAGAGCUAGAAAUAUACAUGCUUAGUUUACUUCUUAUUUAUUUGUCUCACUUUUGUAUUUUGGAAUGGGUAUAUUAUGAUUCAUAUAAUUUUUUGCCUUCAUACACAGAUAUUAGGAAGUGUGUUCUUAUAUAUAAAGAAAGAAAGAAAGAACGUGUUGAAUAGAGGACCCAUAAUCAUAAUUCAAUAGCUCUUUUCCAUGGUUUUUCAGAAUUUUGCAUAAGCCAUCAGAACUAACAAGUGCCUCCAUAUAGUUAAUUAAUUCUCCUCACAUCACUAUAUGGACUUGUGAAGUACUCUUUAAAGAAAAAGGUUAUGCUACGUUGAAGUUCAAUAGCACUAUUCGACACCAAACACUUCUGACACAUGUAUAGAAGCACAAUUGUUAUUAAUUAAUUGUAUAUUUAAAUUAUUUUUUAAUUAAUAAAACAAAGAGAUUAUGUGUUGAUUAUUAAAAACAUACUGGUGUCGAAAUGAUGUUUAUUACAUGGGUCUAUGUUUUGGGGGAUUUGUUGAAGUUUAUGAAGUUUUGGCAGGGAAUAGGAGAAAAAUUCAUGUGUGGACGGUUAGCAGUUGGCAAUUGCUUUUCAAAAGUAGCAUAUUAAACUAACGGGGAGUGCUAGGUAAACAAUGACCAUUUUGAACAACAUGAACAACCACUAAUCAAAUAAGAAUACAGUACACCCUAAUUUAAUGCUACUAAUUAAAUUUAAGAUUAAUUUACUCUUUUAACUCUAUUAAUUCACAUUGUUCACACAUUGUUCAAAAAUGUUGUUGGUUACUUAUACUUUUCCUAAACUAUAUUUUAUUAGAGCUGAGAGACUUUGUUUAAUCUAGCAAUUUUGCAUAUGAUGAAAGAAAAAUAAGUUUGCAUAUUAAAAUAGCAUAUAAUAAGUCUAGUAAUUUUGGAUAUAAUGAAAGAAAAAUAAUCUUUCGCAAAAGGAAUUGCAUAGCCUCUUCUAGAGCUCUAUCUCCAAAAUUUGUCCUUGGUGGCAUCUGUGAGUUCUAUUUGGACUCCCCCCUCCCAAAUUCAGUUAAGAUUAAAUGUGAUGCUAGUUCUAUGAUGGUGAUGACAUUACGGGGUUUGGUCGUGUUAUAAAAAAGUCUGAUGGUUUGUGGCAAAGGGGCUGCUGUGGAACACGAUCUGGAGAGGGCUCAUCCUUGCCUGGGAGGCAGGUUACUGGGAAGUUACCUGCGAAAGAGACUGCCUAGAAGCUUUCCUCUUGAUCCGAGACAGUCAAGCUCGGUUUUGCAGCUCUGAUAAUGAGCCGGUGUCCAAAAUUCAGGAUGUUCUGAAGUGGAAUUGGAAGGCUGAUGGUUUAGCAAAGCUUGCAACCCUGGAUAGAUUUCCUCAUGUUGAGCUUAUUGAGCCCUGGCAAGACCUCAGUGCUAUGAUGCAAAGGGGCCUAGCUGUUGUUCCUUAGUUCUGCUGUUCUUGUUUUUCUUUUCCGUCCUUGGACAUGAAAAAGAAAAAAGAAACAAAAGUAUUUGUUUUGAAAACGUUUAGAACCAGUCGAAUGAAAAGAAUUAGUUUCCUAAUUUGAGCAAUGUUGUUUUUUGUUAGUUAUUUUGAAUAUAAAGGAAACGAUUUAUAUAUUCAAAUAAGUUUUACCA